AGCCCUAGCCGAUGUUGGUGUCGCCGCCGCUGCGGACUUCGCUGGCUCCUCUCUGUUGGUGCCCGAGGCCGCCACCUCUUCUCUUCCGCUAUCGCAGGGUAUGCUACAUUUGUCCGCUCUUUUUCCACAAAAUAGUCAUUGCAUGAUGUGGAGUUCCUUAUCUGGCUUUAGUAGUACAUCGUGGAGAGGAUUUUCACGUGGUAGCUCUAAAGUUUGUAAGCUGGAUUUUGUCUUGACGGGAUUUCAUUUUCAUUGCUUUUCUACUCACCGCUCGCGGACUCGUCCGUUGCCAAUGGAAGAUUCCCAGCCAUCAAUGGUGGAAGAAAGUAAUGCAUUUUAUGUUGUUCGGAAAGGGGACAUUGUUGGUAUCUACAAAAGUUUAAGUGAUUGUCAAGCUCAAGUUAGCGUGUCGGUGUGUGGUCCUCCUGUCAGUGUAUACAAAGGUUAUGGUUUACGUAAAGAAACAGAGGAGUAUCUUGCUUCCCGUGGACUAAAAAAUCCUUUAUACAGUGUCAACGCAUCAGACGUGAAAGAGGAUUUGUUUGGAGCCCUGUUGCCUUGUCCUUUUCAGCAACCAGAUGGACUUGCUGAUAUAUUGCCUAAAAAGGUGUCUUCACUGAAAAGAACAAAGGAUAUGCAAUCAGAUGGACUUGCUGAUAUAUUGCCUAAAAAGGUGUCUUCACCGAAAAGAACAAAGGAUAUGCAACCAGAUGGACUUGCUGAUAUAUUGCCUAAAAAGGUGUCUUCACCGAAAAGAACAAAGGAUAUGCAACCAGAUGGACUUGCUGAUAUAUUGCCUAAAAAGGUGUCUUCACCGAAAAGAACAAAGGAUAUGCAACCAGGUGGACUCGCUGAUAUAUCGCCUAAAAAGGUGUCUUCACCGAAAAGAACAAAGGAUAUGCAAACAGGUGGACUUGCUGAUAUAUCGCCUAAAAAGGUGUCUUCACCGAAAAGAACAAAGGAUAUGCAACCAUAUGGACUUGCUGAUAUAUCGCCUAAAAAGGUGUCUUCACCGAAAAGAACAAAGGUUAUGGAAACAGCUGGAUCUGGUUCUGUGUCAACUGAACAGUCAAAUAAACAUCUCAAACAAAAGUCUUCAUUGGAGGCAAAAACAAUAUCUCAUCCUGAUGUGUCUUGUAUUAUUGAAUUUGAUGGUGCUUCAAAAGGAAAUCCUGGAAAAGCUGGUGCUGGAGUAAUUCUUCGCAAUUUGGAUGGAAGUGUGAUCUCCCGACUUCGAGAAGGCUUGGGUGUUGUGACCAAUAAUGUUGCUGAAUACCAAGCGUUGCUUUUAGGAAUGAAGUUUGCCCUAAAGAAAGGAUAUAAGAAAAUUCAAGCGCAGGGAGACUCCAAAAUAGUUUGUAUGCAGGUAGAAGACCUCUGGAAAACCAAGAAUGCAACUAUGGCUGCCUUGUGUCAAGAGGCUAAGGCACUCAAGGAAUCAUUUUUGUCAUUCCAUGUCAACCAUGUUAAAAGGAGUCCUGCAUUGGUGGGAGCUUUAUUCACUGGACUCCUGUUUUCAUGGUUCAUUUUGGAUGGCUGGUUUGGUUUCUUUUCUUUUUUUUCAUUCUGUUCUUCACAUCAUUUGUGCUUCUGUGAAAUUUAACAUUGCAUUUAGAAGUUCUUCAUUUCUUGAUAAGUUCUGUUUUAAUUAAUUGUAAUAUUACUUACAUUAACCCUUCCUAGAGUCGCAUUGCUAGGAGCUUCGUUCAUUAGACUGCCUUUUUUUGUGUAUGCUUGAUAUGCUAGACGUGUGGUUCUUAUCAGAAGGUUGUUUUUUUUUUUUUUAAAAUCAUUUUGCCCUUUGUGCUUCUGUGAAAUUUAACAUUGCAUGUAAAAUGAUAGGGUCUGUUCUAAUUGUCUUUCUUGUGAGAUGCAAAUUCAAUCAUUUGGUUGCAGAAAUAAUGUCUGGGAAUUGGUAAAAGGGCUAAAAGGAACUUUGGUGUGGUUAAGCUGUGAGGGAAGGGCCAUCAUUUUACAUAUUACAACUUGCUUGUUAUUGACUAGUUUUCAAGGAGAUGGCAUUUAUAUUUUUUGUUGCCUUAACAGAAUUUAGUUUUUUAGUCUAGUCACCAACUUCACAUUCGCAUUCUUAUGGUUAAUAUUUGUUUAUUUGCCGAUGAUUAACCACCAGCCAUUAAGCAUAUAUAUAUGUU